AUGCAUACCCCGCUCCGCAUAGCCGUCUUGGAAUGUGACACCCCGCUUGACAGCAUCGACCGUCGCUAUAAUGGAUAUGGCGGGGUAUUCCGCAUGCUCCUCAAAGCUAGCGCCACUGCCUUGAACCAGCCCGAGAUCCUCGAUCCAGAAACGGGUCUGGAAAUCACGGCUUGGGAUAUAGUCAAUGACGACAAAUACCCGAAGCUAGAAGAUGUCGAUGCCGUGCUUCUAACAGGAUCAAAACACAACUCCUUCGGAGAUUCCCCCUGGAUCAUCCGCCUCGUCGAAUUCACUCAACAAGUUCUCGCUCAGGACCGGGUCCGCCUACUCGGAAUCUGCUUUGGACACCAAAUCGUCGGCCGCGCAUUAGACAGCAAGGUCGGACGAAGCGACCAAGGUUGGGAGAUUGCCGUAUGUGAUAUGGAUUUGACGGAUAAGGGAAAAGAGUUGUUUGGACGGGAUAAGAUCCGCAUCCAGCAAAUGCACCAGGAUAUUGUCUUUAAUUAUCCCCCGAACGUGAUUCCUCUGGGCUCAUCCCCGCGCUGCGCUGUGCAGGGUAUGUAUGCGCCGCGCCGCUUUAUCACCGUUCAGGGCCAUCCUGAAUUCACGGGGGAGAUGGUCACGGAGAUUACCCAGGCUCGGGCCGAUAGCGGUAUUUUUAAGGUGGACCAAGCUCAGGACGCUUUGAGCAGAGCUAAUAUUGAACAUGAUGGUGUCGCCAUUGGGGUGACGUUCCUCAAGUUCCUACUGGAGGAGUAA